CAACUUUCGCCCCUGCCCCUGCAACCUCUAAGCCCUCUGCGCCCUAACCCUAGCCCCUCCCCUACCUGCAUCAACAUGUCUGACUCUGCUAGUUCUGUCUCUGUCGAACGCGAGCUCGCUUCCGAGACUCCCGCCGUUGAGCCAGAGGCCGAGCAGCCUACCAAGGCUACUACUAAGAAAGGCGCCAAGGCGGCUGACAAAAAGCCAAAGAGCACCAAGAAGGCUGCACCUAAGGCUACUGCUAAGCCUGAGGCCGCCCACCCUACGUGGAAGGAGAUCAUCAAGGAAUGCAUCGCCGAGAAUCGCCAGGACGCACGCACUGGUGUCUCGCGCUCGACUAUCAAGAAGUUUGCGGAGGAGAAGUACAAGCUCGAUAUGAACGCCGCUGCGAACAUCGCCCAGCUCAAGCGUGCGAUCUCGUCUGGCGCUGAGAAGGGCGAGUUCGUGUUGCCCAAGGGCCCCUCGGGCAAGGUUAAACUGCCCCCCAAGAACAAGCCUGCUGCGGAGGAUGCCACUAAGGAGAAUGCUAAGCCUGCUGCUACCAAGAAGGCUGCGGCUGACGCUCCCAAGAAGAAGGCGUCCUCGGAGACGCUGAAGAGGAAAGCCACCUCGGAGACCAAGAAGCCUGCGCCUGCAAAGACGAUCAAGAAGCCUGCAGCCGAGAAGGCACCCGCCAAGAAGGUGGCGGCGCCGAAAGCUGCUACCACCAAGAAGGCAGCAACAACGAAGAAGCCUGCCGCUGCUACUAAGAAAGCUACGGCUGCGAAGGCGGCACCGCCGAAGAAGACGUCGAGCAAAAAGACGGAGGUCAAGAAGGCGGCAGCGAAGAAAGCAGCGACGAAGCCCGCAUCCAAGAAGCCUGCGACAGUCAAGUCUACGUCCAAGGCAUCAACAAAGCCAGCUUCGAAGAAGGUGGCGACUGCUUGAUCGCAUGUCCUCUUUCCUCCGUCUGGGUCUUUCUGGUUAGAUAUCUUCUGUGACAGUAUAUUCUUAUUGUGCCUAUCUUCCUGUGAUCUUAAUGUUGUAAGAGUAUAUAUCAUCAGUCAGCGCUUCAUCUCGAACGUUUCUUACUG